UUGUCUUCAUCUAGAGUCAACUGUUCCAUCCACUCUUCAUCGCGUCUCACGCACACGCUCACCCACAUUUCAUACCACGCACACACUCACAUACGCCAGGAGCUUUCGCGGGUGGAAUUGAAAAGAAAAAUGCGAGGAGGGAGGCGGAAUCCACACACGCGCCGCUGAUUCGCAAAUGGGUUUGAAGGCCUGCCUAUUUUCAAUUUUCUCUUUUAAAAAGUCAUCAAUUUACGCAGAGAUUUUCGUUGACACAUGUGGCGAACAAAUGCGGGCACGGGGAGGGCAAAUCUCCGCGUAUGAAUGCAGUGUUAAAUGUGUCAUUCACAGGUUGAACCGCUCUCCAGUGUGCAUGUGCAAUUUGGCGGUCAAAUUGUAAAUACAAAUUUUGAUGGACUACUCCCGAUCGUUGCUGGCUGCUCAUUUUGAAGUCUGAGACAAGUGUUAUAUCUAUUCCUUAGCCGGAGGUGCCCCUGGACAAGUAAUGAAAAAAGGAGCUUGUAUCUCUAUCGGUGACCGACUGGGACGUUUUAUUAGAACAACCAGUAUUGGAUAGCGGAUUUCGGAGUGGAGCUGAACUCAAGAUGUUGAGGGCUUGCUGGUUGCUCGAUCCACAAUGGGUUAGUUCGAACGACACAGUUAAAAAAUGCACAUGCGCAGAAGAAUCACCAGACUUCGAUGUGAACCUUCCCGCCUUUAUGGACUUCUCACCGACCGAACUGCCCACAACUGGAGGGAUGACCACUGGCAUGACCACAGCAUCAGAAACAUCAUCUAGCACAGCCUCUGCAACUCAAACAACAAACGCCACCACUCUCCGAGAAACGACAAGUACAGGGUGGUCUUUAAGAACUGUGACGACGGUUACGCAACACGCGCAGGAAGCUGCUGAAAAUUCGGCGUCCACAUUAAAAGACAGUCGUCUGAUGCUAAUAGCGACGUCAUCAUCUGGUGGUGCUUGUGUUCUUCUCCUUCUCUUCACUCUCUUCAUAUUCCUCAUCUAUAAGGGCAGAGAAAGAAAGCAAUCAAACAGGGAUAUCGACGUGAUACCGGUAACAAACGAGGAAGGUUCGUUCCAAGGUACACCAAUACCAGGAGACCUCAAGAGACAGCUCGCUGGUCCCGGAGGCAACAACAACCCCACGCUAACAGAAUCACAAGACAAGGGCAUCGACGGAUCAGCAAACUUAAGUUCGACUAAUGGAGUUACAACAAACACUGUAGUGACUUUAACGGAUAAGACAUUGAAAGGGGAUCCCGUAUGACCCCUGUUUAUUAUUUUGUAGAAGUUAAAUUAUUCUAGAGCUUAAAUAAAUGCAGCAGAUUUGAUAUUGAUAUAACGGACCAUAUGCAAUUAUAAGCUAGAACGCUAUUAUGAUGAGUUUUGUGGAAGAAUCAAUGUCAUUGUCAAAGGCAAAAUAUCAUGCCCUAAAUCAAGCAAGAUGAAUUAAACGGAAGUAAGGCUUUGCUGACCUAAAAGCAAGACUUCGUUCAUUUUGAAGCUGAAGUCUGUGAAUGAUAUGGCUCUGUGGCAGUGACAGAAAGCCAUUCUCUGAGAUGCAGAAGGAUGUUGAGGAGUCAGUGUGGUCAAGACAAGAUCUCUUUGAUAAUCUUCACACUUGGAUAAUAGAUGGAUGGAUCCAAAUACCAUCUUCACUCUUUUCUCAAAUUUGCGGUUCGGGAACCUUUACAAAUGCCAGAGCUUGUUGUUCAGAAAUAUGUCAAUCAGGGUUUGUAUGUCCAGAGGACUGUCUGUGAGUAUGUUGGGAAGAGUCCAAUUUUGAAGAGAUCGUGGUAGACAUGUUAUUCCAACAUUUUUUCCAACAUCACGUGCUUCGCCGUUCACAAUAGACCGAUGCAGCAUCACAUCUCUCAUGCAGUCCGUGGACAUGUGGGAAAUGACAGAAAAUUGCAAAACAUGAUGAAAUUGUAUUUGCAAGGUAUUGCCAUGGAGACUGCGUGCUAUAUGUGUGAAAUAUCAAACGUGUAUGUGACUGGAAGGUAAAAAGAACGCUACGUCUUCUUUCGUUGAUUUGAAUUAGUAAUGGUUGCCAAUUAUAGCAUUAAGGUCACGGGUUCUGGAAAAUGGGAGCUUUCAAAU